AUGUUGCGUUUUAAAUGGUUUUGGAGUUCAGGGUUGAAAAGACCAAGAAACAGUAACAGGAGCUCUAAAUAUCAACCAGUCACCACGGACCCAUUUUCCUCUUCGCCUGAUCCCAAUGACCAAGAUGAAAACCUAGACAUACUCGGUGAUGAUGACAAUGGCUCACCCAAUAAUAUGGCCUCAGCACAAGAGACGUCUUAUCGCGGUUUUGACAUCAACUUACCAAAUCAGCUCGACAUGGAUGAUGAGGUUGCUGAUGUUGAUGUAAAUGACGAAGCUGAGGAGGGACUUAAUGCAGCUGAGGCGCUGCGAGCUCAAGUCAAUGCAGAAGGACAGCAGAUGGAGCAGGCCACUUCUAGUUCAAGUGGAAGCAGCAGCGGCAGCGGGAGCGGAAGCGGAAGCGGGAGCGGCAGCAGCACCAGUGGUAGUGACGGCAGUGAUGGCGAUUCACCCAGCUCCGGAGGGGAUGUUGAUAUAUGA